AUGAUUAUGGAAUCUAGUGCUCUGCUAGCAUCUAGUCCAUCCGAUGGUUAUUUUAAUAGAAUAAAAUCAUUUAUUUAUAGACACUACUUCAUAAUUGGCAGUUUAUUUUACAUAUCAUUGGAUGUUUUAAUUACCAUAUGUUCGAAGCGUCUUAUUGAUUAUGCAUCGAACUAUACAUUUUUCCUCAACCAAUUCAUUACGCUAGUUUUUCUCACAUUAUUUUUCUUUAUAUAUAUAUUUUGCAUUUUUUUCCUCCCAAAAUAUGUGGAAACGAAUCUUUGUUUUUACAAACUUUUAAGAAUAUGUUCAUUUGACUCGAUUUCGGGAGUUUUAUACAACAUAGGCGCAGCAUAUACAACUGGGCCAACUAUCGUCAUUUUAUCCCAAAUUUCUGUUCCGAUGACAAUUAUAUCUUCCAAAAUUAUUCGUAAAAAGAAGUACCACAAGUUUCAUUAUAUCGGCACAUCGAUAAUUACAUUAUCUGUAAUCCUUACGCAAUUUCUAUUUUCAAAUAAUAAUUAUGGAAAUAAGAUAUUUUUCAACAUUGUCUUAGUGUCAAGUUGCAUGAUAGAUUCAAUAUCCAUGUGCUAUAGGGAGGAGCAAUAUUCAGGGUUGAAUAUGAAUAUAGUUGGUUACCAAGUAAGUACUUUCUGGUGUACUUUAUUAUUAUUCUGUCUAAACUUCUUCACGCUAAUAAUUUAUUCAUUCAAAUUUUGGGGACCAGCUCACAUGGAUUUGUCCAAAUAUUUCACAUCUUUAGUGGCGGCAUUUAAUUGCAUUUUUAGGGGGAAAAAUACCAUUAUCGAAAAUUGCGGUCAGUUAAACCAGCCAAAAUGCGAUGAUUGCGCGGGGGCUUCCAAGGUUAUAUCAAUUUACUUCAUUUUGGCGAUUUUUAUUCGAUUAGUUUUUAUUGUGUUAAUGAGAAACGGAUCAGCUUUGGUGAUGAUUCUGAUCAGUAUCAUAAAGACUCCAAUAGUUUCAAUUGCGUUUUCUGUUGAUUUUAUUGCUGGAAACAGCAAAUCUUCGUUACAAGUUAAGGAUAUUUUAACAAUUAUAUCUAUAUUAUUGGGCAUGAUCAUAUACAGUAUAGGAACAAAAAGGCAAGAUGAAGAGGAUUUGAUUCGUGAAAAGAUGGAUGAAUCAGAUAAUUCCUCUAGUUAUACUAUAGCAUCUUCUGAUGUGGAAGUGAAAGGAAAUACUUACGUAUUGCUAGAAAACUAG